AUGCGGGGGAUUGAACCCCCUGCCUCUGGCAUGCAAAGUUUCUAUUUCAUUUCUGCUCAUGAAAAACCCGAUCAGCCUUUCAAAAGCUGGUCCACUCUUUACUAAACCAUUGUCGAUCACAUUCACUACCGUACUAGCAAAUUUAUACGUUUGACCCCUCACGGUGCUGUUUACUACAGUCCCGCAAUUUCUCUCUCUGCCAAUUUCAUAGCUGUCGCAUCUGAUGGAUCUCGCUCUUGGGGUGGUGAGUUCCAUGACAUGCACCCAGAUAUUGUUGUUUUUAAAGAAUCCAACCCGAGUUCUCGGAUUGUUGUGUCUGACCAUGGUGGAUGGCUCACUUGGUGUGGUGACUCCUCAAUCUACUUUCACCGCCAAGCUGGUGAUGGCUGGUGGAGCGUUUUCCAAGUUACUUUACCAGAAAAUUUCGAAGAUUCUGAGCUUCCAAAGGCUGCUCCUGUCCGGGUCACUCCACCAGGUGUCCACUGCUUCACUCCAGCUGCCUUUCAGGACGGCAAAAGAAUAGCUGUCGCUACACUGCGGAAGGGUAAUAGUUACAGGCACGUUGAGAUUUUUGAUGUUGAGUCGACGUUUUAUCCUGUCACUGCGUCGGUGAACCCGAGUUGGCAUCCUUAUAACCUGGUUGUCUCUUCGGAUUCUAUGUUUCUUGGGCAUCAUCGGUUUAGAGGUGAGUCUACUCGGGGUAAGUCGGGAAUUCCACAUCUCGACCCCGUGUUGUCUCCGGUCAAGGAUUUACGGUUGCUUAGAUUAAACGGAUCAUUCCCCUUCAUUGUCGAGAAGAAAACACCUUAA